GUAAUAGAUCAUAUAUCAUCUUUCUAUUUGCCCUCUAUAUAAGCCCGCCUCGCCGUACCGCAGUCACUUCGAUCGGCGAUCGUGAAACAACUCAAUAUACUUCAAGAAACCUCCAGAAUGAAGGUCUUCAUCGCAGCAGUUCUCCUUGUAGCAACUUUGAACGUUGCAUCUGCCAGCACAGGAUGCAAGCGUUCCAUCAGGACUUGCAACGUGACGGAUCCAGCAACUGGACUUCGGUCCAUCGUAGACUACGAAGGCUGCACCUCAAUGUGCUGCGGCAGUACAAUCUACGAACGAGACAUCUACACCUCAUGCUGUGGGGACGAAGACACCGGUCUUCCCUACAACCCAAAAACCCAACAUUGUUGCAGCUGGCCGUUCGGCAAAGAAUAUGAGGUCCAUGAUAAGACUAACAACACUGCCGAAUUCUGUUGUGGAAUUACUCUGUUCAACAACAGCGCAUCUUCCCAAUCUUGUUGCAACGGCUACUACAACAGACCUGAAGUUUUCAACCAUAUGACUGAGAUGUGCUGCGACGGAAACAGGCAAUUCGCUGGGGAUACCGCUUACACUGAAUGUUGCGGCGAUACCUCUUUCGACCGACGUUACUCAUCCUGUCCUUGCCACGACGGUUCAAUUGCCGUAGGAAUCCCAAAACAAAACGCCGGCUGUUGUUACAGCAGCGACGGACGGUCAAAGGGGGGAUACAACACAGCAACUCAAAUGUGUUGCAAUGGUCAAGGAUACAACAAAACUGGCCAAUUUUGCUGCGGUGGUACGAUCGGUAACUCAGCCACUCAGAUGUGCUGUGGAGAUACAAUUACCGAUGUAGCCGUAGACCAACAAGGACUUUCCCUCGCAUGCUGCGUGAUGGCUGAUGGUACAACUGAGGCUUACGAUUCAAACACACAAAUCUGCUGUGGGGGAGCUAUUCAUAACCGAGGAAUUAACGUAAACGACGACUUGAUCUGUUGUGAUGGCACCGUGUUCAACAAGUCACUCGGUGACGCUUGUUGUAACGGAGAACCUUACUUGAGCCAAGACUCUGCCUGCUGCGAAAACACCGUGUUGCCAGGAGACAGCUGCUGUGGGGGAAUUGGUUUCUUUGCUGGGAGCCAAACUUGUUGCAAUGGAGAAAUCAGCGGCACUGGUCUGACAUGGCCGGCUUGCUGUACCAACCAGACGUUCGACGCGUACACACAAACAUGCUGUGGUGGUGUUUUACACAACAACCCGAUCAACCCUUCAGCACUUGCAGAGGAAGACCCAGUUAGCCACACAACCAGAUGUUGCGGUAACUUCGCCAAUGACGUUUCACUUCUCCCGUACGACUACAUGAGCAGCAUGUGCUGCAACGGAAACAUCGCUGAUUUAGGCGGUUUGUCCUGGGCAACUUCGACCUGCUGCGGAAACGACGUCAUCGACAAGGGAAUCUACUUGUGCUGUGACGAUAUCGCACUUGAAAAAGAUUUCGGAGCAGAAUCCGCAUGUUGUAACGGUAUUGUCAUCAACGGAACAUCUACUUUGUGCUGUAAUGGCUUGCCACAACCUAAACCAUCGGCAAAUGCUCAAUGCUGUGGUGGUGCCGCCAUGGACCCAAGCCUUGAGAUUUGUUGCAACGACACGCCACGUACUUUGAACAACGUGGAUCCUGACAAAGCAAUCUGCUGUGGCGAUGGAUGCAUUGACGGUGCCCUGUACUGGUGUUGUGACGGAAAGCAAUACCAGAAAGGAGCUUUGUCUGGCGUCGAUGUCUCCGGACUUACCUGCAACGACCUUUUCAGCGGAUAAGCGUUUGAUUCACACCUGCCACUUUGAGAUUAGACAUCACUUGUACAGUAUUCGCAAUUGGUAUUUUUCGUGAACGAUUUUUGAAAAGUGGAGACUUGAUAUCCUGAAACAUAGGUGUAACAGUGAAUUUAAAAUAUUUAAAAUUCAAUCAUAUAAGUUUAAGCAAGACAGUGUCAAUAAAACAAACUCAUUUGAAACUGAAAA